AUGUUCAAUGCAAUUUUUUCCGUAAACCAUCAGCUGAGGGAGAAACUUCUAAUCGCCUCUUAUUUCUUCUUCCUAGUUAUAAGUAAAAGGAAAUCUUCCCUGAGCGUAAACCACGGAGAAUUGUACUGUGACGAAGACCCCUUCUGCAACUACUUCCUAUACAAUGGCACAAAGCAAGAAAUCCGACUUUGCUAUGAUAAAAAAUUUGUCCUUAAAAGGCCAAGACAUGACGAACUGUGGCUUACCAGCGUGAAGGAAAAAAUGUUUGAGCAAUUCUCCCCCGCACUUGUAAACACACAAGGUAUAUGUAACCACAAGGUGGAGAAAUUUUCCUUUCAAACCCUAAAUGAGGCCAUAAAAAAGGCAAAGGAAAAAAUGCAAAACUUUAUGGUACUGAAUUUUCAGCCUAUUCUGAAAGAUGAAAACAAAAUUGAGGGAUACUUCUGCGAACUGAUAGAUUACUUCGUCAAUCGCGAAAGUUACGUGGUGUUCGAUUUUGCCAAGUUGGAGAAUCCUCAUCAGUCAUGUCUCAGGACGAAGAAAUGUGGAGCACGCGGAUCGGUGAUGAAAAACACACACAUGAAUGGGGGGCCGCCAAUGGAUCGAUAA